ACAAGCAUAUAUACUUCACCAGUUUUGGUUGUGCCUUUAUCUUUGUCUGAAUACUUGUGCUUCUUCGUCUUCAACAUGACUCUAACUAACAUGGUUGGAGUAAGGUGCUGCUUCAAACUCCUCUAUGCAAUUGUGGUGCUGAUUUUACUACACAUGAACAAUCCUUGCAUUGGAUGCAGCGAGAGGGAAAGGCAAGCACUCCUUGCACUUAAACAAGGUCUCGUGGCUGACUUCUUCGAUCCCUUCCUUUCCUGGGGAAGAGAAGCCGAAAACAAAGAUUGCUGCGAAUGGGAUGGAGUCUACUGCAGCAACCAAACUGGCCAUGUUGUUAAGCUUAAACUCUAUGGUUUGCAAGGUAAGAUUAGUCCUAAACUCAUUGAGUUGCAGCAUUUGGAAUAUUUGGACCUUAGUGAGAAUAAUUUCAGUCGGAGCCAAAUUCCAGAUUUCAUUGGAUCUCUGAGCAAUUUAAGAUACCUCGAUCUCUCUCUUGCAAAUUUUGGAGGUUUAAUUCCAUAUCAACUUGGAAACCUUAGAAACUUGCAUUCUCUCGAUCUUAGUGAUCAAGAUUAUCUUUCUAGCUCUAAUCUCUAUUGGCUUCCUAAUCUUUCUCGUCUAAAAUACUUGGACCUAAGUUUCGUUAAUCUCAGUGAUGUUGUUGGUUGGCUGGAAGCAGUUAAUAUGCUUCCUAAACUCACAAACUUGACAUUAUGGGACUGUAAUCUUCCUCCUCCAGUUAUAUCCUCUAUUUCUCUCUUGAAUUCUUCUAAAUCUCUUGUUCAUGUCGAUCUCCACAAAAACAAUCUGAACUCAUCAAUCUUCCAAUGGUUGCUCGGUACUCAGACCAACCUUGUUUAUCUUGAUCUCUCGGAAAAUAAAUUGAGUGGAAGAAUACCUGAAACUCGUUUCUCGAAACUCUCCAAAUUAAGGUUUUUGGAUUUAUCCUCUAAUUCACUAGUUUUAAACUUCAGUUUUGAUUGGGUUCCUCCCUUUCAAUUGCGUCAGAUAAGAUUGGGAUCUUGUAAGAUGGGGCCGUAUUUCCCGAAAUGGCUUCGAACUCAGAAAAGUUAUGACUGGCUGGAUAUUUCUGAUGCUGGAAUUUCUGAUACCAUUCCAACUUGGUUUGGGGAUUUGCGAAAUAAAGUCGAGUAUAUGGAUUCGUCUCACAAUCAAUUUAGAGGAAAUUUGAGAUCAGAGUUAGCAUCUUAUUAUUUAAAUGUGAGUUGGAACCAAUUGGAGGGUCCAAUCCCUUCAAUCCUAUCAACCGUAUCAAUUCUAGAUCUGUCCAAUAAUAAAUUUUCAGGGUCAGCUUCAUUUUUGUGUACAAGUACAACUGAGAAGAGUAAUUUAACCUAUCUUGAUCUCUCAAGCAACCAUGUAUCCGGAGAACUUCCAGAUUGCUGGAUCAAUUUUCAAAAAUUACACUUCCUUGAUUUGAGCAACAACUCUUUAUCUCGGAAAAUUCCUACCACGAUGGGAAACUUGAUUAGUAUCAGGACACUAAACCUAAAUAACAACAGAUUUGUGGGAGAGUUGCCUUCACAAUUGAAGAAUUGCAUAGAGUUGAUAAUUAUUGAUGUUGGGGAAAAUAAGUUAUCAGGAUUAAUACCUGAAUGGCUAGGGGAAAAUCUGCUAAAUUUGGCUAUCAUUAUCCUUCGAUCUAAUCAGUUUUAUAGGAGCAUCCCGCCACAGUUAUGCUAUCUUACACAACUUCAAAUUUUGGAUUUGUCGAUGAACAACAUCUCUGGAACUAUACCCAAAUGUCUCAACACUUUGACUACUUUGGCUCAAAAAGAAAAUUCAGCUGUAAUUAUGCAACAUGAAUUUAUAAUUCCGAUGGGAGAAUUAUCUGCUACUUAUUGGGGUUAUCAUGAUGAUGCAACUUUAACAUGGAAAGGAGCAAGGUUAAAAUACAAAAGUACUCUGGAACUUGUAAAGAGUAUUGAUCUCUCAUCCAAUAAGUUGAGUGGGGAGAUUCCUACUGAAAUCACUUAUCUUGUUGGUUUGGUUUCUUUAAACUUGUCAAGAAACCGGUUAAAAGGUCAAAUACCUUCAAGGCUUGGAAAUUUGCAGGAGUUGGAUUCUCUUGAUUUAUCAAGAAACCAGAUAAAUGGCAGAAUUCCAACAAGUCUUUCUCAGAUAUAUCGUAUUGGUUACUUGGACUUGUCACAAAACAACUUGUCUGGAAAAAUUCCAAUAGGCACUCAGCUCCAAACCUUUGACUUUGCUUAUGGUGGGAAUCCUCUGCUUUGUGGAGAACCACUCCCAAGGACAUGCUCUGAGGAGGAAAAAGGUCCCAGGACAACCUGUGUUGGUGAAUGAAGACGAUAAAGAUGGGCUCAUAACACAAGGAUUUUACAUCAGCAUGGGGCUUGGGUUUGCUGUUGGAUUUUGGGGAGUUUGUGGCACUCUUUUGCUCAACAGGUCAUGCAGAUAUACGUACUUCAAUUUCUUGACCUUUCUGAACGAUUGGCUAUACGUGAAGCCAGAAAUCAUCAGGCAAAGGAUCCUUAAUAAAUAAAUGCACAGGCACCUUUGAGAUGACAUGCUUCCCUUCAGUUGAAGAUGGAUGCGAUGAAGGACUCCUAUUUGUACUAGUUUUCGAGUAUUUGAGUGAUGAUAAGGGAUCUCACUGAAAUAAAGGAACCAUUUUAGUAGAUUAGUUGUGAUGUUAUUUGUAAGAACUUAACGGGAACUUCUCCCAUGAACUAUUUGGUAUUAUGUUCUUGUGUACCUCAUGGUGUAUGUUUUUUUCUUUCGCAAUGUAGGAAAUGUAGACGCAUAAUUGCCUUUUACUAUAUUGCUGUUAUGAAUAAAACAAUGGAAUCUGAGUUAAC